CGAAAAAUGUUGCGUGUCAAAUGGUUGGAGGGGAAUGGGAGGCUCGUCAGCCCUUUCCAUCCACAGUUGUCUCUCAUUAACUCACCUCCCGUUUCUCUCUCAAUUCUUUCUGACAAUUUCUUCAUUUGUCUUCCUCGUCUGGCCUCACACCAAUAUCAAACUAUUUUCCAAUAAUCAUCUAUUACAUCUACAUACAAGAUCCGCGGGAAUUAGUCUAAUUUCUCACCAUGGCUGGCAGAGAAAUGUUGCAAAAAAUGAAGUAAAUCAGGGACAAAAUACCAUCUCAGGAAAUAAUUGCUUUGCAUUUUGCAGGAAAAAGUGGGUUUAGGUUCAUCUGCAUCUGAAACAGGAAAAGGUAAGAGUAAAAUGCACAAACAUGUUACUCAUGGUUAUCACACAGUUGCCGGGAAAGGACAUCAUGCUAUGGAGGAUUAUCUUUUUGCACAAUUUAAGCAAGUUGGUGACAAUGAGCUUGGUCUGUUUGCGAUAUUUGAUGGUCAUCUUGGUCAUGAAAUUCCCGACUACUUGCGGUCUCAUUUGUUUGACAACAUUUUGAAUGAGCCUGACUUCUGGACUCAAACUGAAAAUGCUAUUCGAAGAGCAUAUCGGAUCACUGAUGCUACAAUACUAGAGAAAGCAGUUGAUUUGGGUAAAGGCGGCUCAACUGCAGUAACGGCAAUAUUAAUUAAUUGUCAAAAACUUGUUGUGGCUAAUGUUGGGGACUCUCGUGCUGUCCUCUGCAAGAAUGGGGUAGCAAAGCAGCUUUCAGUUGAUCAUGAACCUAAUAAAGAGAGGCAAAACAUUGAGAAUAGAGGUGGAUUUGUUUCAAACUUUCCAGGUGAUGUUGCACGUGUUGAUGGACAGUUAGCAGUUGCAAGAGCAUUUGGUGAUAAGAGCCUGAAGCAACACCUCAGUUCUGAACCGGAUGUUGCUGUAGAGAUCAUAGAUGACGAUACAGAGUUUGUUAUCUUAGCUAGUGAUGGCAUAUGGAAGGUAAUGUCAAAUCAAGAGGCAGUCGACUGUGUGAAAGACAAAAAGGAAGCUCGGGCUGCAGCAAAGCACCUUACUGAGGAAGCUGUAGCAAGGAAAAGUAGUGAUGAUAUAUCAUGUAUAGUCAUCAAGUUCAAAUGAUAAUUCUGGCCUACUAUUCUCAUUCUGUAGUUUUCUGAUCUGUUCCCUCAAUUGUCCAGUCAAUUGGCCUUGGACCUCUUGGUUUUUGUACGGGUUUUUAAAGUGCUUGUUGUCUUGGAAAAAAAAUGUGCAGAGAAAGUACAGUGGCGUAUGUAUAAGCUCCCAAGUAAAUUGAACUCUGUUCAUCAUUUGUCUGUCUCAGCAUGUUGAUUAUUCGUGAUGGUUUACAACACAAUCCCCCCCUCCUUUUUUUGUCUCUGUACUUGCCAUCGUCUCGAAAGCUUAAAUGUACAAUAUACUGGUUAAGGUUGCUGUCGUGCUGUUGUACACAGCAGUAAAGUUUUGCC